AUGAUGAGGCCAUCAUUUCGACGCUUACUGCUGGGCUUGAGUCUUAUUGACAUCCUACUUGUAGCAUCGAUUCCAUACAUCGCUGGGUCUUCCGAGGAUGUUGGUGACACAGCGGAUUUGCCACCAAAGGAUGUUUCUUCGGUGGAUGAUGAUACCUCCUCUUUGCCAUUUGUCUUGGUGACAGGUGGAAAUGGAUUGGUGGCAUCGAAUCUCAUUAUGGAACUCUUGCAACGAGGCUAUCAUGUCCGAGCCACGGUGAGAAAUCCAUCCAAGGUGUCCCACCUACGAACUUUGCGCAACUCCGAAACCAAACUGGAAAUUGCCGCCUUGGAUUUGAAGGAGAAGGAUGUGCAAGUGUACAGAGCCCUGCUGAAGGAUGGCAUUGAUUGGAUCUUUCAUGUGGCGGCACCCUUUGUCGAUGAUUUGCCACAAUCUGACGAGACUAUGGAAAUGGCGGUCCAGUCCAUGACAUUGUUGCUGCAAGCAGCAGCCCAAGAAUCAAGUGUCUCGCAAGUGGUCUACACGGGAUCCGAUAGCGCCGUGGUCUAUGGUUAUGCUGACAAUCCCAUCAAGGCAGAUCCCAACUAUAUCUUUACUGAAGAUGACUGGACCAAUGUCACGUGCACCAAGGGUAUGACCGACUAUGCCAAGAUGAAAACACUUACAGAACUGGCGGCCUGGGAAUUUGUUGAGAAACAUGCUCCCAACUUUAGGUUUUCCAGUCUGUUACCCAGUUACAUCUUGGGGCCGUUGGUGUCGGAUACUGUGACCAGUUCCAAGAGGAUUGUUUAUGAAAUCAUGGCAGGAAAAUAUCCAGGUGUCAUUGAUCUCUACAUUCCCAUGGUCGAUAUCAGGGAUGUUGUUGAGGCUCAUUUUCGAGCUGCCAUGCAAAGCAAAGAACCAGCGGGUAGCAGAUGGGCCAACCAGAGGAGGCGGUUCCUAUUGACACGAAAGAAGGGGAAGGAUGUCUUUUUUCCCGAAGUUGCUGGCAUUCUCAAGGAUCAUUUUGGUCCAAUGGGAUAUUCCAUUUCUACCUGGCCCAUUCCAAAUUGGUUAUUAUGGAUUGUCUCCUUGUUUGAUAGUGAACUGGCAACAAUGUCACAAAUGCUGGGUGUGGGAGAAAACUACGACAACACCAAAUCCAUUGAGGUCCUAGGAUUGACUUAUCACACCAAUGCCACUGAAAUAAUUCUGGAGACAGCACAUGCAAUGAUUCAACAGGGACUGAUACCUAAAAAGAAGGGAUAUCAGGCUCGGGGCAUUUCUGGAAGUGAUGAGCUGUAG